UAAACACAUGGCUUAAACCUAAGCAUACCAUACUUCUAUAAUGAAACAAUCGAUAUAAAUAACCAGUCUAAGGUCAACCAUCGCAGUCAAGUUGCAACUACUAUAUGUGGUUAUAUUUAGCUGGUAUAACUUAACAUUAUAUUGAUUUUUCCUGUCACUGAAGAAGGAAGUUAUACUUUAUAAAGUGAUAAAAUGGCGACUAAAGAAAAGACAGACGCGUCAGAUGAAAUAAUAACACUCACAUGCUGUGUAUGCACGAAGAAAAACAUAAGAAGAGAUGCUGAAAAGUAUUGUGUAGAAUGUCAGGAUUAUUAUUGCAUAUCAUGCACAGACUCGCACAAAAUGUUUCCUGCUAUGAGUGGUCACCAGAUCCUGGAUAAAGCUGACUUCAGCUCUCAUGGCUUACAGGUAGCUGAGCUGCCAAGUUAUCCUACAGAGAGAUGUUCUACACACAAGGCAAAAUUACUGGACAUGUUCUGUGCCAACCAUAAUGAAGUUUUAUGUGCUAGCUGUGUAGCUAUACAUCACAGAGCUUGCCAAGAGAUACGAUCAAUUCCAGAGGACAUUGACAAUUUGUACAGGGAAUCAAGUUUAAGGGAAACUAAAACAAAAGUAAAUGUCAUGAAAAAAACCAUGGAGGAUAUAAAGAAGUCAAAAGAGCAACUAUUAAGAGAGCUGAAGAAACACAAGAAUGAGGCAACUGAUUCAAUUAGAAAAGUCAGAAAGGAAAUGGAAGCUUUUCUUGAGAAACUUGAAAAGAAUUCCAUAAAGGAGGUUGAAGCAGAGUAUGAAAAGAUUGAAAGUGUAUUACACAAACAAAUCAAGGAAGCAGAGGCAUUCAAUGUUGACCUUGUACAAUACUACAAGAAACUGGAGAGGUCUGCUGGAAAUAAAGCACAGGAGUUUGUCUGUGUUAACAGACUGAGAAAGCUACCAGUAAAGCUGAACAAAGUCUGAGAAAAGAACCAGAUAUGCAAAUAG